UUUAUUGGAGAUUCCCUUCCUUCUUAUGCCCCGCCGGUCCUAAGCGCCAGCGCUACGCCCAGAUCUGGACGAUCGAUCUCCAACAGUACGAUUCACUACCUCUCCCUCCUGCUCCAAAGCUAGCAUUAUCGACUCUGUGGCUGCGCCCAUUGCAGCGAUUGACGCAAUUAUCACUGUAUUUUCUACCGCCGAGAAAGUAACCAGAGCUACGUUGCCCAGGAUGUCGCUCUCCCCAGAAGCCCGCGACCAAUAUGUACCAAUCAUUGACUCAAUCCUGGCUAAGAGUGAUCUCAAUACUAUCUCCGAGAAGCGAAUCCGUAAAGGGCUUCAGGAAGAGGUCGGCUAUGAUCUCACUCCGCAUAAGGCUGUGAUUAAGCAGCUUAUCAUGGAGCGGUUCGACAUCUUUGCCGAGAAUGGUGGUAUAGAAGCUUCUCCCGAGGCGGUCGCUACUGCUCCUGCGACCAAUGGCCACAGUUCUGCGACACCGGUCGAGGCUUCGUCCCCUGCGCAAUCCUCCAAGUCACAGAAACGUCAGGCGGAUAGUGUGGAACGUGAAUCGGACAAGACUCCUCCGGCGAAGAAGAAAAAGUCCGAUCACGAUGUGGAUGCGGAUGCCCUUUUCGCGGCAAAAUUGCAGGCGGAGGAAAACAUGCGUGCCCGUCCCACUCGCGGUGCGAGUGCGCGUAAAGCCCAACCGGCAAAGAAGAAGACAACCAAAGCUAAAACGUCGAAGAAGGUCAAAGCGGAGGACGACUCAGACGUCGACUCCGGCUCGGACUCAAAGAAAGUGAACCGUUCUGGUGGAUUUCAUAAACCACUUACUCUAUCACCGGCAUUGUCAGCUCUGCUGGGUGGUGAAGAGUCGCUUUCGCGACCCCAGACGGUAAAGAAAGUCUGGGCGUAUAUCCGCGAGCAUGAACUUCAAGAUCCCACCGACCGACGUCAAAUCCGCUGCGACGAACCGAUGCGCGCGGUUUUCAAGCAGGACCGCAUACAUAUGUUUACGAUGACAAAGAUCCUCAGCCAAAAUUUGGGCAGUGGGCCCCGCAGAGGAGGGGGUCGCGAUAAGCAGAACCGCAGCGCCCCGAAUAAGGAUUCCGGGCCGGAACCCAGUGGACAACCGACCCAAGGACAGACUAUAGAGACAGGAGACAAGGGCAAGACGGCAACUGCAGCGCCCGCAGACGACGCCGAUGAUGGGGAGAUUUGCUUCAUUUGUGCGUCAACUGUCGAACAUACGUCUGUUUCGCCAUGUAAUCACCGCACUUGCCAUAUCUGCGCGUUGAGACUUCGAGCAUUGUAUAAGAACAAAGCCUGUGCGCAUUGUCGGACUGAAUCGAGCUACGUGAUUUUCACGAAUGACCAUGCGAAGCCUUUCCAGGACUUCAAGGACUCGGACUUUUCUCAGAAAGAUGAUAACCUCGGGAUCAAAUAUGAAAAUAAUGAGAUCUUUGAAGAUACAGUCCUCUUGCUCCGAUACAAUUGUCCGGACACAGAUUGCGACGUGGCUUGCUUAGGAUGGCCCGACCUGCAUCGCCACGUGAAGAGCAAGCAUGGCAAAGUAAUGUGCGAUCUUUGUACGCGUAACAAGAAAGUCUUCACCCAUGAACACGAACUCUUCACUGUAGCGGAGUUGCGCAAGCACGAGAAGUACGGAGAUCAUGUUCCUGGGGCUGUUGAACAGAGUGGCUUUAAGGGUCACCCCGAAUGUGGUUUCUGCCGUCAACGGUUUUAUGGUGACGAUGAACUGUACACUCACUGUCGCGAUCGCCAUGAAAGAUGUCACAUCUGUGAUAGACGGUCCGCCAAUCGUCAACAACAGUAUUAUAUUGACUAUAAUGCGCUUGAGGAUCACUUCCAGAAGGACCAUUUCCUUUGCCUGGACAAGGAGUGUUUGGAGAAAAAGUUUGUUGUUUUCGAAUCUGAAAUGGAUAUGAAAGCUCAUCAAUUGGAAUGCCAUCCAAAUGGUCUUUCCAAGGAUGCGAGACGCGACGCACGAACCGUUGAUCUGUCAUCUUUCGACUACAGAACACCGUAUCAACCUCAAAGACAACGCCGCGGCGCUGGUCGUGGGCGCGAUCCAAAUUCCGAGCCUCUUCCUGUGUCCUCUGCACAACCACUAACCAGAGCCGAAAUUGCCUACCAACGGCAGAUGGCCAUUCAAAGCGCACAGUCAGUAUCAACCCGCAGCUUCGGAGGUCAAUUGACCCGUAAUGAUACUCAAACUGUACACGCUCCCCCGCGUACCCCAGCCUCCCGAACACCCCCAGCUGCGUCCACCCCUGUGGCGGAACUGCAGGAUCUCAGUCUCGGCCAUGAUUCCGGAUCUGCCACGCCUCAGGAACAGGCCCGCCGUCUGCGUCAUGCAGCCGUGGUCGAGCGUGCCGCUAAUCUCCUUGGCAAUGAUCAAAAUAAACUGAAUGAAUUCCGCUCCAAAGUGUCCACCUACCGCACCUCUGCCCUAACAGCCACCGAGCUGAUCGACGGUUUUUUCUCCCUCUUCGACACGUCCACCAACGAGCUAGGCAAACUCGUCAAGGAGCUCGCAGAGAUCUACGAAAACGACUCCAAACGAACCGCACUACUCAAAGCCUGGAAUGACUGGCGCGCCAUCAAUGAAGAUUACCCAGCCCUACCAGGCCCUGGGGGCCUCCUACCAGGCAUGUCCCCCAGCACCGUGAACGGCAGUGGUGCCGGAGGCAAACGUGUCCUCCGGCUGAAUCCUCAACCGCCCAGUCCUCUCGCUCAGCCGUCGGCAGAAGCGUCCGCCGCCGCCAGCAACAGCAAUACCCCUUGGGCCACGGCAUCCCCUGCUCCAUCGUAUACCGGGCCAUCCUACGCUGGCCCAUCCUCCCGUCCUGCCCCUAAACCUAGUAACCCCUCUCGGCCUGCAAAUACCGGCAACGCCGAAGCUUUCCCGGCGCUCCCCGCCGCCCCUAAACCAAACGUCCUCAUGGCCGGCCUCACCCGUGGAACUGUCCGUGUCCGUUGGGAUGGACGAGAUGCUCCGAACUCGAAUGCCUGGGCCUCAGGUGGAUCAGGCACUAGUACCCCGGGCGAGCCGGAUUCCGAUUUCGGAGAGUCCUCUGCAGGCGGCGGCAAGAAGGGUAAGGGAAAGAAGGGAAAACAGACUCUUUUCCAUUUUGGUUAA